CCCUCACACUAUGUUGUUUAGUCGCCCUGGCAGAGAUUAGUCAGAAGAAUGACGCGCUUCUUCACAGCUGUGAACGCUGAAGACACGUUAUCUGCACUGAAAGACGUGUGUGACGGCCUGGCCCUCGGCUUCAAACUCUCCUGCACCAAACAGGUCACGGUAAGCACUCUGGACAGACGCAACAACAAACUCAUUUUUAAAGUUCAUUUGUUUGAGAUGAAUCAGAGAGUGUUGCUCGACUUCAGACUGUCCAAGGGUGACGGCCUGGAGUUCAAGCGUCAUUUUGUGAGGAUUAAACAUAAGCUUGGUGACAUCGUCAGCUCUCAGAAGAUUUUACUCCCCCUCACAUGAACCACCUCCACCACACGGUUUGCGCAGUCAAACAAACUGCCUUAAACUGUUGUACAUAUUUUGAUGUUCAAAUGAUAUUUUAAAGGUCACUUUGUGCGUCUGUCAAGCUCCAAAUUGUUUGUGUGUCAGUUUCCCUCAAAAUGUGAGAAUUAAAAAAAAAAUGUUGUAACUGAUGCAAUGCAACAUAUUCUCUUUUUCUCACCAACGACUAAUACAGAAGAUAAGUUAAGAUUAUGAGCAUCAGUAAAUAAAACGUUCAUCCUCAGACCAACUGGGUACAGGUAGUUAGAGUAUUUUGAGGGGUAGUUUAUUUAUUGAUGGAUACUUAGAAAUGAAAGUUAUUUCAAACCAACAGACAGUACAUUUAAAAAAGUAACAAAGUGAUGCUGCUCUCUUGCAACAGCUCUUGAAACAUUCAGAUCAUUUUAAGCCACUUUUCAUUUGAUAAAACAAACAAACCUCAACCAC